AUGCGUGCUUUGAAGUGUUUGAUGGUGUUGAUGUUAUCCUGUUUGGCAACGCCCCGUCACGCGGAUGGGAGGCGACAACGACAACAACGCAGAAUGUCAAUGGACGUUCUGCCUCGACUCCAGCCCAGGUGCCACGUCGUGGUCAGCGACGUGGCAACCAAACGACGAACGGACACGACAACCGACAAGCCUGCCCACCCACAACCCACAAACGACGCACAUCGCCCCACACGACCCCGAUUGCCCACGAGCGCCCACGAAAAGCAACGAGCACCCAGACACGACAGCGAACGCCCACGACAUGACAACCAACGAGCCCGCCCACCCAUGAACGAUGCACACCACCCUGCACAACCCCCACCGCCCACAAACGACCCCGAAGGACCCCAAACGCCCAUGACACGACGAGCCUGCCCACCUACGAAUGAUGUACACCCACCCAAAUGA